GGAGCUAUUUUUAAAAUACAAUAGUAAACAAUUAUUAUUACGUGUCCCAUCAUUGCGUAAAAUUAAUAAAUUAGUUUUUCUUAUAUUUCUUUAAAUACGAGAUAAUACACAAAUUACUACUCCAUAGAGCUGAGCACAUCUGUUAUGAUGCGAUUUUUAAUUGCUCAGGGCAUACAUACAUACUGGCUAUAUUAAAGUCUUCGAAUCUAAUGAAAAUGAGCCUGAUCCGACAAUUAACGUUAAGUUGGAAGAUCCGUAUUCUACUCUUCAUUUGGGUCUCAUCAACGCUGUUUUUCAUUUUGAGAUUUGCCAGCCCGUCUUCUAGUCAGGAAGAUGUAGCUCUCAGUACCAGAAUUCAACAAGCUGUAGAUUACAUUGCAAAGCAGGAACAAAUUAACGGGGAGCUAAGGAAUUUAGUGGAUGAUUAUAUUAGCGAUUCGUCGUUUUCCAAAGAGAAAAAAAGAAAAUUUGUAGAAAACGUUAAUCAUAAGCUAGAUAUUACGCAAACCUUUAAAAAUAAUGAAGGAGAACCCAAUAGCGAAUAUGAACAUUUGAGGAGACGAGUAAAAUCGAAUAUACAAGAAUUUUGGAGAUAUGUCGAAGCAGAGAGCAAACAUUUUAGCCAAGGAAGCCAGUCCGAAGGAGCAAUUAAGGACUUCCUAGAGCAAGCAAAUGAGCACAAAAUGUCGCUGAUGAAUGACAUGGACAGAUUGCGACAAGUUGAUGGAUUCGAGACGUGGCGCGAGCAAGAAGCCAAGUCUCUAAGUGAUCUCGUACAAAAACGCCUUAAACACCUUCAAAAUCCACCAGAUUGCCAAUCAGCUAGAAAAUUGGUUUGUCGAUUGAACAAAGGAUGCGGCUAUGGAUGCCAAUUACAUCACGUUGUUUACUGUUUUAUAAUGGCCUAUGCCACGGAAAGAACACUUAUUCUCAAGUCUAAGGGUUGGAGAUACCACAAAGCGGGAUGGGACGAAGUUUUUGAAAACUUAUCAGAUACAUGCAUUGAUGCAGUAGGAGAAAAUCAUAGCAAUUGGCCCGGGACAUACGAUACUCAAGUCAUCACACUGCCCAUAAUUGAUAGUCUGAAUCCUCGACCAAAGUAUUUGCCUUUGGCAGUUCCAGAAGAUUUAGCACCGAGACUCAAAAGAAUUCAUGGAGAUCCCUUCGUCUGGUGGGUGGGUCAAUUUUUGAAAUAUUUACUUAGGCCAACACCAAAAACAAAAGAGUUCCUCGACAACAGUAUAGCCAAAUUAAAUUUUCAAAAGCCUAUUGUGGGAGUUCACGUUCGAAGAACCGAUAAAGUGGGAACAGAGGCUGCAUUCCAUAGUUUAGAUGAAUACAUGAAGUAUGUGAACGAAUACUACGAUCAGCUAGAAAUGGAAAAACCCAUCACGAAGCGAAGAGUGUUUAUUGCAUCAGAUGAUCCAAAAGUCAUUGAGGAGGCGAAACAAAAAUACAAAAAUUAUGAGGUGAUUGGGGAUCCGAGUGUAGCCAAAGUUGCUGCCGUAUCAACCCGAUAUACCGACUCUAGUCUCAAUGGCAUAAUACUAGACAUUCAUUUGUUGUCUCUCAGCGACUACUUAGUGUGUACAUUUAGCUCACAAGUCUGCAGAGUGGCCUAUGAAAUAAUGCAAACAAUGUAUCCUGAUGCUUCCGACAAAUUUAAAUCGCUAGAUGAUAUUUACUACUAUGGUGGUCAAAACUCGCACAAUCGUGAGGCGGUUAUUCCUCACAAAGCCAAGAAACCCGAUCAAAUUAAUUUGAAGGUGGGAGAUCUAAUCGGUAUUGCAGGUAACCAUUGGAAUGGUUUUUCAAAGGGAAAAAAUGAGAGGACACAUCAAUUGGGACUCUUUCCGUCAUUUAAAGUGAUUGACAAAGUUGAAGAAGCUGAUUUUCCAACGUACAAACAUGUUCAGUAAUAAUUUGUGAUUUAGUUUAAGAAUUUUACCAGUAUCUGCACUACAUUUUAUUUCGAGAAAUCACUGCAUUUAUUUAAAGCAUUAAAUAAUAAGGGAAAAUAAAUCAAUAGUAGAUAAUGGUGGCGAAGCAAU